AUGGCGAAGUGGGCGUCGGCCGCAAGGGCUACGACGACGACGACGAUAGACCGACUUGACGCUCUCAACAGGUACGAGCCAUUCUCCUCCCUGGGUUCCACCCAGAAUUUCUGUACUAGGUCUGUUAUUUCCAGCUGCCUUGCCAUGAGAUAUGAGGCACUGUUGCUUAGAGAUGCUAAAUACUGCAACGACCUUCACUUGCAAGUGUCCUGUCAGGAGUGGCUAACUUUUGCAACAGAUUGUCUUGAUAAUGGCUUCUACACCAUUGCCUCCAAGGCUUUUGCAAAUGCUCUUGUGCACAUUCAUCCAAGCCACCUAGGGCAUUUGGACUCUGCUAAUUCCAUUGAGGAGAAGGACAAGAUCAUUGAGAUAACAGGACUCCAGAACUUGGCCAAGUCAUUAUCUGCACAACAUUGUGUUCAGAUAAAGUCCACUAAAUACAUGGAAAGGAGAGCUUCAAGUGUUCAUGAGAAGUAUAAUUUGCAAUCAGGAAAACCAAAGUUAACAAGAAGUUCAAUGUUCAGGCUAGGGAUUAAAACGAGGAACAUAAAGAAAUUGCUUCGUAGCCAGGAAAGGAACUUGGGGGAUUUAACGCAAUCUUAG